AUGCCUUCCAAGACUGAAAACACUACUACCGCUACUCCUACUCUGGGCGAGGAGAUCAAUAUCGCUAUACGCCCAUUACAUACCAAGCUCAACAAGCUAGUUACCCGUCGCUUGCGUCUAGCUCUCCCUCCACAUUCUGACGAUGCGAAAAACUAUGUCACAGGGCUACUGCACAUCGCGCCCAUCUACCAGGCCUUCGAGAGGGAAUGGGACCAUAUUUUAGAGGACUCCCCUGCUAUUGCAAAUAUAGAGCCUCGGAUACGUUCGCUUUUAGCAGACAUACGCGUAGAGGGCUUCGCGCGGUCGGGACCACUACAGAAGGACAUCGUUACGCUACUCGGGCGGAACGAUGAUUUUGUACGCUCGCGAACGGAAUCGGUAUCUCAUGCGCCUGUGCUAGUCGAAUUUCAGAAGCAUAUCCGCGAGGCUGUUCAAGCACGUCCCCACAUCCUAGUCGCUUAUGCUUGGGUCAUGUACAUGGCGCUCUUUGCCGGGGGACGUUAUAUUAGAGCGUCGCUCGAGCGAAUUGACCAGAGCACCGGGUUCUGGUCAAGUCUAGAAUCCUCCUCCGACAAACCCGAGCCCGAGUUUAGAAUGCCUGGUGCUUAUGACGCCUUUUGCGUCAAAGAUGUUCUCCGAAAGCAAAACAUGCAACCGCCGCCUCUGAACUUCUUCCUCUUCGACACGCCGGAGAACGGCGAGGAUUUAAAGAGGUUAUUCAAGGAGGCGCUGGAAACGGCCACCUCGCCUCCGGAGUCAAAGUUGACGGAAGAUGAACGCGCCGAUGUAAAAAAGGAGGGGCUGACUAUUUUCGAGUACAUGGUCCGCAUCGUGGGCGAGUUAGACGAGAUCUGUGGCACGGAGUACGAAGAGCAAGCCGCCGCCGCCGCAGCAAAGUAG